AGAGAAGGCUGCUCGCCUGCGACAUCGAUUCUAUAUACUCCCUCUUUUUUUCUUUCGCUCGCAGCACUUUCUCUGCGUUUUCGGCCUUCUCUUUCCGUCUGCCUCCGUCUCACACCCGCAGUGCUGAGUUGACCUCUCGCGGGCGUCCUCUGCCCACAUCACGGAACUGAAAAUGAUCAUAAAGGAGCACAAGAAGGCGUUUGAACAGAGUAAGGCGGUUUAUGAGAGCGCACUGCUCGCCUUCAAGGGUGUCGACGGCUUCGAUGUGUACAACUGCUCCGUCCCCUUCAAGUACAAAGGAAGGCGCCACAUCUACGGCCGUGUCGAGAAGCGCGAGAUUUGGGCCGCCUCGCACGUCCGCCUGUUCGAGGAGACCGGCAAGGAUGAGUUCACCGCCGUCCCGGAGUUCAGCAUCGAGCUGGAGGACCCGUACAUACAGAACAUCAAGAACGAGAUGAUUUUUGGUGGCACCCACGUCCGCAAGGACGGUGAGGCGGUGCUCAGCUACUUUGGCUACUUCUACCGCGGCACCCCCACCGAGCUGAACUACUUCACCACCGGCCCCGACUUUAUGAAGGACAUCCGUGUGCUCCAGCUGCACGACGGCCGACUGGGCAUCUUUUCACGUGUGCGCACCAAGGUCGAGGUGUACGUCGGGUUCGCCACCGUGGACAGCAUCGAUCACCUCACCACCGCUGCCAUCGCGGGGGCAAAGCCCAUCGACUUCAUCCGGCCCGGCAUGUGGGGUGGCGUUAAUCAGCCCUAUCUGCUGACGAGCGGAAAGGUGGGGUGCAUCGGCCACAUCGCCUACAACGACAAGAAGCCCAACGGCGACCCGCUGUCAGUGUACGUUAACUGCGCCUUUGUUUUCGAUCCCGUGACGCGCGCGAUGGAGAAUGAAAAGGUUAUUGGAACCAAGUCUUGUUAUCCCUCCUGUCCGGCCAAAAAACCAAAUUUGGAGGACUGCGUCUUCGCCUCCGGUAUCGUGAUGCGCGAGGACGGCAAGUGCGACCUCUACAGCGGCCUGGGCGAUACCGGCGAGGGCCGCAUCACCAUCGACUACCCAUUCGAAGGAUAUGGACAAAUUGUUGGCCACCUCGAGUACUAA